GCGAGGAGGAAGGAUGCGCCUGGUGCGGGAGCGGCGGUGACUGCGGGGCCAGGGGCAGCGAGGGGGGCUUCGUGCGGGGACAGCAGCGCGCAUCGGUCGGGCAGAGAGGCGAGGGCCACCGGCACCGGGAUACAGCCCCUAACCCCGGCCAGGGAGGGACACAGGCCUCCCCAACCCCGGCCAGGGAGGGACACAGGCCUCCCCAACCCCGCUACAGCCCCCCAGCCGCAACUCAAGGGGCCAGGCCUCUCUCGCAGGUUACAAACCCUUCAGUCAGGGAGGGACACGGGCCUUCUCCCCUUACAGCCCACAACCGCCACUGAGGGGAACAGCCCCUCCCCCCGCCAGGGAGGGACACGAGCCUUUCCCUCCCCGGCCCCGGAUACAGCCCCCGCCAGGAAGGGACACAGGCUCUCCCCCCAGGAUACAGCCCCCGCCCCCUGAUACAGCUCCUCUCCCCCGCCAGGAAGGGACCGAGGCCUUUCCCUCUUCCGAUACAGUCUCUACUGGGGGGGGGAAUAGGCCUCCCCCAAUACAGAUCUCCCUGCCACUGCGGGGAACAGGCCUCUCCCUCCAGGUUACAGAUCUCUCAUCCAGGGAGGGACACUGGCCUUUCCCCCCAGGAGGAGGAACACACUCCCACCUUCUUUAUUGCACACCCCCCCCUUCCUUGACAGGGUCCUUCAACCACAGAAAGGGCUAUAAGAACUGUAUUCCUUCCCCACACACACGCACAACCCUAGUAAGGGCACAGGUCUCCUUACAUCACUGACUGCCCCCCUCUCUACAGAAAAAAAACAACCUCAGGGUGGGCCUUGGGACAUAGGACUUCCCCCUGCACCAACAACAAUAGGCAGGUCCCUACCCCAAGGCAAGGGCAUUGGCCUCUGACUUGUUCUCCUCUCCCAAAGAAAAAAGAAGACCAGGCUUUUAGGUGUCUCCCUCUUUUAAUUUAAUAAUUGCUGUACUCCUGUGGAGGGGAGAACUUUUAAUGAUUCUGUAACUGGCUCUCUCGGGCUGAUGGGUUGCUGAGGCUGUGUGUGGGACAAGAGAGGAAGUGUGGGUCUUAGUGUUAUUUUUAGGGAGUACUAGGGGGUAGGUUAUUUUUAGUUGAAUGGAUGGGGAAGACCUGAUAAAACUGCCUCUGACCAUGACAUGAACUGAGUGAGACAGCCAUACCUAAGAACCAAAUCACCUGAAACGCCUCCGAAAUCACCAUGGCUUCAGAAGAGGCCUCCCUGCGCGCUUUGGAGAGUCUAAUGACAGAGUUUUUCCACAAUUGCACAACCAAUGAACGGAAACGUGAGAUAGAGGAGCUUCUGAAUAACUUUGCCCAGCAGAUAGGCGCCUGGAGAUUCUGCCUCUAUUUCCUGUCAAGCACAAGAAACGACUACGUAAUGAUGUACAGUUUGACAGUGUUUGAGAACCUGAUCAAUAAGAUGUGGCUUGGGGUCCCAUCUCAAGAUAAAAUGGAGAUACGCAGCUGCCUUCCCAAACUCCUACUAGCUCACCACAAAACUCUACCUUAUUUUAUCAGGAACAAGCUCUGCAAAGUCAUUGUGGACAUUGGCCGACAAGACUGGCCUAUGUUCUACCAUGACUUCUUCACAAACAUCUUACAGUUGAUUCAGUCCCCUGUGACCACUCCUCUUGGGCUGAUCAUGCUGAAGACUACAUCGGAAGAGUUGGCGUGCCCCAGGGAGGAUCUUAGCGUGGCACGGAAAGAAGAGUUACGCAAACUGCUCCUGGAUCAGGUACAAACGGUACUUGGGCUUCUCACAGGUAUUUUAGAGAGCAUCUGGGACAAACAUAGUGUUACUUCUGCCACUCCACCACCAUCCCCAUCUUCAGGAGAAAGUGGUGGUGACCUGUUAAGUAGCCUGUUGCAGAGUCCCAGUGCGGCCAAAUUAUUGAAUCAGCCAAUCCCUAUUCUUGAUACAGAGAGUGAAUAUAUUUGUUCACUAGCAUUGGAGUGCCUGGCCCACCUCUUCAGCUGGAUCCCUCUGUCUGCCAGCAUCACUCCUUCACUCCUCACCACCAUAUUCCACUUUGCCCGCUUUGGCUGCGACACCCGAGCCAGGAAGAUGUCUUCUGUCAAUGGCAGCAGCCAGAACUCUGUCUUGGGUCAAGAGCGUGGUAGGCUUGGGAUCCUGGCUAUGUCUUGCAUCAAUGAACUUAUGUCAAAGAAUUGCGUGCCUAUGGAGUUUGAGGAGUAUUUGCUGCGGAUGUUCCAGCAGACAUUCUACCUCCUGCAGAAGAUUACCAAGGAGAACAAUGCCCACACGGUGAAGAGCCGGCUAGAGGAACUGGAUGAAAGCUACAUUGAGAAGUUUACAGAUUUUCUGCGUCUCUUUGUGAGCGUCCACCUAAGGAGGAUCGAAUCAUACUCUCAGUUCCCAGUGGUUGAAUUUUUGGCUCUCUUGUUCAAAUACACCUUUCAUCAGCCUACCCAUGAAGGUUACUUUUCUUGCUUAGACAUUUGGACGCUCUUUUUGGACUAUCUUACUAGUAAAAUUAAAAGUCGUCUAGCGGACAAAGAAGCAGUACUCAACAGGUACGAAGACGCUUUGGUUCUACUGCUCACAGAGGUUUUGAAUCGAAUACAAUUCAGGUACAACCAGGCACAAUUGGAGGAACUGGAUGACGAGACUCUAGAUGACGAUCAGCAGACUGAGUGGCAGCGGUACUUACGCCAGAGCCUAGAAGUAGUGGCAAAAGUCAUGGAGCUCCUGCCGACUCAUGCCUUCUCUACACUAUUCCCAGUUCUGCAGGAUAACUUGGAAGUAUACCUGGGACUACAGCAGUUUGUGGUCACUUCAGGGACAGGUCAGAGGCUGAAUAUCACUGCAGAGAAUGACUGCCGACGCUUGCACUGCUCCCUACGAGACCUUAGUUCCCUGCUGCAGGCUGUUGGCCGUUUAGCCGAGUACUUUAUUGGGGAUGUUUUUGCUGCCCGGUUCAACGAUGCCCUUACAGUAGUGGAGAGGCUGGUCAAGGUAACACUGUACGGGUCCCAGAUUAAACUGUACAACAUUGAAACUGCUGUGCCAUCUGUAUUGAAACCUGACCUUAUUGACGUCCAUGCUCAGUCGCUGGCAGCAUUGCAGGCUUACUCUCAUUGGCUAGCCCAGUUCUACAGUGAAGUUCAUCGGCAGAAUCCAGAGCAGAUCAUCUCUCUAGUCUCCACCGCCCUGGAAGCAAUUAUUCCACUCAUCAGCUCCAAGGUGCAAGAGAAGUUGCUGUUGUCUGCAUGCCAUUUGCUGGUCUCGUUAGCUACCACAGUGCGGCCAGUGUUCUUGAUUAGAAUCCCAGCAGUACAGAAAGUUUUCAACAGGAUCACAGAUACCUCAGCUCAGCGGCUUCCUGAUAAGGCCCAGGUGCUGGUGUGCAGAGCGCUCUCAAAUGUGUUGUUGCUGCCAUGGCCAAAUCUCCCAGAGAAUGAGCAGCAGUGGGCAGUUCGCUCAACCAACCAUGCCAGUCUGAUUUCUGCCCUCACAAGGGAAUACCGCCAUCUGAAAUCCAGUGCCAUCCUGCCACAGAGGAAAGUGCGGCUGGAGGACACCAAAGUGAUCAUCCACCAGACACUUAGUGUCUUAGAAGACAUUGUGGAGAGUAUCUCUGGAGAGUCUACCAAGUCUCGGCAGAUCUGUUAUCAGUCACUGCAGGAAUCCGUGCAGGUCUCACUAGCCCUCUUCCCAGCUUUCAUUCAUCAGUCAGAUGUGACAGAUGAGAUGCUGAGCUUCUUCCUCACCCUCUUCCAAGGACUGAGGGUACAGAUGGGAGUACCUUUCACUGAGCAGAUCAUACAGACCUUCCUAAACAUGUUCACCAGAGAGCAGUUAGCAGAGAGCAUCCUCCACGAGGGCAGCACUGGCUGUCGUGUGGUUGAGAAGUUUCUGAAGAUUCUGCAAGUGGUAGUACAAGAACCAGGCCAAGUGUUCAAGCCUUUCUUACCCAGCAUCAUCUCGCUGUGCAUGGAACAGGUCUACCCCAUCAUUGCAGAGCGCUCAUCUCCUGAUGUGAAAGCAGAGUUAUUUGAGCUGCUUUUCCGGGUCCUCCAUCACAAUUGGCGGUAUUUCUUCAAGUCUAGCGUUCUGGCAAGUGUCCAGAGAGGGAUAGCAGAAGAACAGAUGGAGAACGAAGCACAGUUCAGUGCCAUUAUGCAGGCAUUUGGCCAGUCCUUCCUGCAGCCUGACAUACACCUAUUUAAACAGAAUCUCUUCUACCUGGAGACACUGAAUACCAAGCAGAAGCUAUACCACAAGAAGAUCUUCCGGACAACUAUGCUGUUUCAGUUUGUGAAUGUGCUGCUUCAGGUGCUGGUCCACAAAUCACAUGACCUGUUGCAGGAAGAAAUUGGCAUUGCCAUCUACAACAUGGCCUCAGUGGACUUUGAUAGCUUCUACUCGGCCUUUCUCACAGAGUUCUUAGCCAGUUGUGACGGCGUGGACUCCAAUCAGAAAAAUGUACUGGGAAGGAAUUUCAAAAUGGACAGGGACCUGCCAUCUUUUACCCAGAACGUGCACAGACUGGUGAAUGACCUGCGCUACUACAGGCUCUGCAAUGACAGUUUGCCACCUGGAACUGUGAAGCUAUAGUUUCUGCACUGGACUCGUAUUGAUCACUGUAAAGAAUGGAUUUGUACUUCUUUUGUCACCACUUCCUCUCCUCCCUGCUCUCGUCAGUACUCGAGGAUGAUGCAGUGUCUUGUGCAUGGGCACAUGUUCUUGGAUUCACGCACCACCAUGCUUCCUUACCCAACCCAGAAGCCUCCCCACUGAGUCAGCAGCACUGCCCGCAAGAAUGCGUCUUAACGCCAACCGUAGGGCAUUCCCAUCAUAUGAAAAGUCAUCUUGCUGGGUUCUUGUUUUACUAAUGUAGCACUUUGUUGCGUCCAGAGAUUUCAGUGAGUCGUCUUGACAAAUCUUGUGUGUGUCAAUCAUGAGGCAGAAACGCCAAAGACUACUUCAGACAUUCGCACCUUCGCAUCAUUCCACCUUCCCGCCCCUGCCCUGCUCUUGGAGGAGAAUUGUGAUGUCGGGACUAGUUCGGCACUUGUGUCACUCCCUUUUGUUUUAAACUGCCUUGAAGCCUCCCUGCUAUUUUCAGGGAUUUAGAAACUUGAGGGUUUUUUAAUGUUUCCUCAUCAUUCCAUUGUGAUACUAAAACAACAUGCUUAAUGGAAAUAAAGUGCUUACUUUGUUGUUUUAAAUA